UCAGGGAGCUCUGGGAUGGUGGGUGCACCCUGGCCCUGGGCUGGAGUGACUGAUCUCUGUGACCAGACCUGCAACCGCAUCAAGCAGUCCGCCAGCAGAACCAAGCGGUGCGUGUUCAUCAUGAAGUCCAUGGGCGGCUACUGUGGCUACCUGGCCAACAUGGGGGGUUCACGGCUGGAGCCGAUGCCGCAUACAUUUUCGAAGAGCCCUUCGACAUCAGGGAUCUGCAGUCCAAUGUGGAGCAUCUGACGGAGAAAAUGAAGACCACCAUCCAGAGGGGCCUUGUGCUCAGGUAAGUGAGAGACCAGGGCUGAUCUUAUGGUCACCGUCACACCGCGGUUCUUAGAUUCUGGUCUGUGACUUUGGGCUGGAUGAGUGGUGAUUUCUUUGCCACUGGAGUGCACUACACGCUGAGCAGAUGCAGAAGACAGUGGUGGUGCAUUGCUCUAAAAACUUGCCCGCAUUUAUACAACUAAAAUUUUUGCUUUGUAGUCUUACUCUUUUAGAUAUCUCACAAUCAUUUCUCUAAUUAGCACCUGAUGUUUAUGAAGGAAGAAGGAAAUUGUCAUCCCUCUUAGCCUCAGGGAAUGUGUCCCAAGUCUCCAGUAGGUGCCUGAACCUGGGGAUAGUACCCGCCCCCUGUAUACAUGAGGGGGUGGGUACUGAUAACCAUCUGAUAACCAAGGCGGCUACUGAGUGACUCGGGGCAGUCUCCACAGCAUGGAGACUUUAGGGCACAGGGAUGAUUCGCGUUCUGGGUGGGACAGAGCAACACAGCAUGAGAUUUCAUCACUCCCUGUUAGCUGGGCUUAGGUGAAAUCGGCAUCCUGUGUCGGUUUGUUGUGUCGCAUUAUGUGUCGCAUAUGUUGUCACUAUACAACAAAAUGAUCUGGAGUAUACGCAUACACCCAGUUAGCUGGGAGACUUUUUUUUUUUUUUCCAGACAGUCUUGCUCUGUUGCCCAGGCUGGAGUG